GGGCCCGCACUAGAGCGCGAGCGCGCGACCGGCCGGCCGUGGACGCAGAGCGCGGCCGGGCCCGAACGCCGAGCGGACGUCGCGCAGGCAGACAGGCCGCGGCUGCCGCCGAAUCCCGCCCCGCGCCCCGCCAUGCCGUCCGCGGGCCCCGCCUGAGCCGCGGCCACCGGCGCCGGGCGGGCUCGGGGGCUCGGGGAGGGGGGCUCGGGGCCGGGCCGGGGCCAUGCGCGCGCUGCCCUGACGAUGCUGCCCGCCGCGCCCGCCCGCCUGGCGCUCGCCCUGGGCCUGGGCCUGUGGCUUGGGGCGCUGGCGGGGGACACCGGGCGCGGCUGCGGGCCGUGCGCGCCCCCCUGCCUCUGCGGCCCGGCGCCCGGCUCCGCCUGCCGCGUCAACUGCUCCGGCCGCGGACUGCGGACGCUUGGACCCGCGCUGCGCAUCCCCGCCGACGCCACCGCGCUAGAUGUCUCCCACAACCUGCUCCGGGCACUGGACGUCGGGCUCCUGGCAAACCUGUCCACACUGACAGAGCUGGACAUAAGUAACAACAAGAUUUCCACUUUAGAAGAAGGAGUGUUUGCUAAUUUAUUUAAUUUAACUGAGAUAAACCUGAGCGGAAACCCCCUGGAGUGUGACUGUGGUCUGGCCUGGCUGCCCCGCUGGGUGGAGGAGCAGCGGGUUCGCGUGCUUCGGCCCGAGGCGGCCACGUGUGCCGGGCCCAGCCCCGUCGCUGGCCAGCCCCUCCUCGGCGUCCCCCUGUCAGACGGCGGCUGUGGUGAGGACUACGUCGCCUGCCUUCCUGACAACAGCUCGGGUGCUGUGGUGUUGGCGGCCUUCUCGGCUGCCCACGAGGGCCCGCUCACACCUGAGGCCUGCAGUGCCUUCUGUUUUGCCGCCGGCCAGAGCCUCGGGGCCCUCUCAGACCAGGGCUGGUGCCUGUGCGGGGCGGCCCGGCCCCCCAAUGCCUCCGCGGCCUGCCUGCCCUUCUGCUCCAGCACGCCGUCAACCCUCGCCCCUGCCUGCCGGGGCCCCACCAUCCUGCAGGACACCUUCCCUGCCUCCCCAGGAGCUGCCCUGCUGGGGCCUCGGGGACCCCUGUCUUCUGGGCAGCCAGCAGCCUUCCGCGUCACCGCCUCCCUGCCCAUCCGCUCCACACGCUGGGACUUUGGCGACGGCUCCCCCCGGGUGGACGUUGCCGGUGCGGCCGCCACUCACCGCUACAUGCUGCCGGGACGCUACCAUGUGAUGGUGGUGCUGGCCCUGGGGGCCGGCUCGGCCCAGCUGGAGGCCGAGGUGCGGGUGGAGGCAGCUCCCGCAGCCUUGGAGCUCUCAUGUCUGGUCUCGGUGCGCAGCAAUGAGACCCUCAAGCUCGGCGUCCGGAACCGUGGCGGCUCAGACCUCCAGGCCGCAUACAGCAUUGUGGCUGUGGACGAGGAGCCGGCCCGGGUGGUGCAUCCGCUCUGCCCCCCAGACACCGUGAUCUUCCCAGACAACGGGCACUGCUACCGCCUGGUGGCUGAGAAGGCCGCCUGGUUGCAGGCACAGGAACAGUGCCGGGCCUGGGCCGGGGCUGCCCUGGCCAUGGUGGACAGUCCUGCCGUCCAGCGCUUCCUGGUCUCCCAGGUCACCAGGAGCCUGGAUGUGUGGAUUGGUUUCUCUGCUGUGGAGGGGGAGGAGGCGGACCCUGCCGUGCAGGGCGAGGCCUUCAACCUGGAGAGCUGCCAGAACUGGCUGCCCGGGGAGCCACACCCGGCCACUGCUGAGCGCUGCGUGCGACUGGGGCCGGCGGGGCAGUGCAACACAGACCUAUGCUCCGCGCCCCACAGUUAUGUCUGUGAGCUGCGGCCUGGAGGGCCUGUGUGGGACGCAGAGACCUUCCUCGUGGGAGCGCCCAGUGGGGACCUGCAGGGCCCCUUGAGCCCCCUGGCACAACAGGAGGUCCUCUCAGCCCCCCAGGAGCUUGUCGAGAUGAUGGCGUUCCCCAGCCUGGGCCUGAGCAGGGAGGCCUUCCUCACAGCGGCCGAGCUGGGCACCCAGGAGCUCCGCCGACCGGUCCAGCUGCGGCUGCAGGUGCUAAGGCCCACAGCAGAAGCAGCGGCCCCUGGAAGCAGCAGGGAGCCUGAGAGCAAGUCCCCGGAGAGCCAGACUGAGUCUGUCCCUGUGUGCGCCCCAGAAGGACACUGGUGCCCCCGAGCUGGUCUCCACCUCCCACUGGAUGACCCCUGCCGCCCCCGGGCCUGUGCCAAUGGGUCCACGUCAGGGCCGGGACUCCCCGGGGCCUCCUAUGCACUCUGGAGGGAGUUCCUGUUCUCUGUGCCAGCGGGGCCUCCCUCCCAGUACUCGGUCGCCUUCCAUGGCCAGGACAGCCCCCUGCUCCCCGGAGACCUCAUCGCCUUGCAGCAUGAUGCCGGACCGGGAGCCUUUCUGCGCUGCCUCACCCGCCCUGGGCGCCCCCGGAGCAAGGCCCCGUACUUCUCCACCACCGCUGUGGCCUGGCUGUCCCACCUGCCUACGCAGCUGGAGGUGGCCCCAGCCGGCCCCGUCUGUGCCUUGCGGCUCCUGGCCACCACGGAGCGCCUCACCCUCCUGCUGGGGCUGCAGCCCAACCCAGGGCUGCAACCUGGGCGCUACGAGGUGCGGGCCACCGUGGGCAACAGCGUGUCCGUGCACAACCUGUCCUGCAGCUUCGACGUGCUGUCCCCGGUGGCGGGGCUAAGGCUGGCCUACCCCAUGCCCCACGACGGCCGCCUCUACGUGCCCACCAACAGCUCCACCCUGGUGCUUCCAGGUAGACGCUGCACCAGCGCCACUGCCACAGCCCGCUGGCCCGGGGGCAACGUCAGCGCGCCCUUCGAGGCCGCCUGCCCGGCCACAGUGGCGGCCCUGCAGCCCGGCUGUGCUCUCGAGGCCAAUAGCACCCUGUUUGCAGUGCUGGAGCUGCCCGGGCUCCGUGAGGGCGAGCACACGGUCGAGGUCGUGGUGGAAAAUGGCGCUGGCGAGGCCAGCCUCAGCCUGCGUGUGACGGCCGAGGAGCCCAUCUGCGGCCUUCGCGCCACUCCCAGCCCCGAAGCCCGUGUGCUGCAGGGCGUCCUGGUGCGGUACAGCCCACGGUGGACGCUGGCUCGGACGUCGUUCUUCCGCUGGACCAUCGACGACAAGCAGUCCUUGACCUUCCACAACGUGGUCUUCAAUGGCAUCUACCAGAGCGCCGCGGUCUUCAAGCUCUCGCUGACGGCCUCCAACCACGUGAGCAACGUCACCGUGAGCUACAACGUCACUGUGGGGCGCAUGCACCGGAUGAGGGGCCUCUGGGUGUCGGCAGUGCCGCCUGUGCGCCCCCCCAAUGCCACGCUGGGCCUUGGCCGCCCCAAGUGUCUGGUGGACUCGGCUGUGGAGGUGGCCUUCUUGUGGACCUUCGGGGACGGGGACCAGGUGAUAGGCCAGUUCAGGCCUCCAUACGAUGAGUCCGUCCAGGUCCCAGACCCCACGGUGGCCCAGGUGGCUUGGAGCACAAACGCCACGCACACCUAUGCCGUCCCAGGUGAGUACAACCUGACCCUGCUGGUGUCCAAUGCCUUCGAGAACCUGACGCAGCAAGUACCUGUGAGUGUGCGAGCCGCCUUACCGGCCCUGGCCGUGGCUGUGGGAAGCCAUGUCCCAGUGGCCGGCCAGCCUGUCACCUUCUCCCCACACCCCCUGCCCUGGCCUGGGGGCAUCCUAUACACGUGGGACUUCGGGGAUGGCUCCCCGGCUGUGACGCAGCCCCAGCCAGAGGUCAACCACACGUACGCCUUCAGGGGCGUGUACCACGUCCAUCUAGAGGUCAACAACACGGUGAGCAGCGUGGUGGCGGGCCUCAGCCUCCGCGUCUUCGAGGAGCUCCGGGGCCUGCAUGUGAGCCUAAACCCGGCGGUGGAGCAGGGCGCACCUAUGACGGUCAGUGCCACGCUGCAGUCCGGGGACAACGUCACAUGGACGUUCGACAUGGGGGACGGCGUGGUGCUCACGGGCCCCGAGUCCAGAGUGGAGCAUGUGUACCUCCACGCCCAGAACUGCACAGUGACCGUGGGCGCGUCCAGCCCUGCGGGCCACCUGGCCCUGAGCCGGCCCGUGCACGUCUUUGUCCUGGAGGUGCUGCGGAUCGAGCCCGCAGCCUGCAUCCCCGCACAGCCCCACGCCCGGUUCACGGCCCAUGUCACCGGGGACCCUGCGCACUACGUCUUCGACUGGACGUUCGGGGACGGCUCUUCCAACACAACCAUCUCAGGGGACCCGACGGUGACACACAAUUUCACGCGGAGUGGGACGUUCCCCUUGGCACUGGUCCUGUCGAGCCAGGUAAACAAGGCCCAUUACUUCAGCAGCGUGUGCGUGGAGCCCGAGGUGGGCAACGUGACCCUGUGGCCUGAGAGGCAGCUGGUGCGGCUCGGGGAGGAGGCCCGUCUGGUGGCUCGGGCUUGGCCCCCAUCCCUCUACCGCUACGCCUGGGACUUCGGCACUGAGGAUGUGGCCCGUGUCGGCGGUCCCGAGGCCACAUUCACCUACGCAGACUCCGGUUCCUACUUGGUGACGGUCGCCGUGUCCAACAACAUCUCGGCGGCCAACGACUCUGCCCUCGUGGAGGUGCAGGAGCCUGUGGAGCUCUCGGGCAUCCGGGUCAACGGGUCCGGCGUGCUGGAGCUGCUGCAGCCCUACCUUUUCUCGGCUGUGGGCCACGGCCACCCCGCCACCUACCUGUGGGACCUGGGGGACGGCGGGCGCCUUGAGGGCCCCACGGCCACUCACGCCUACAACAGCACGGGCCCCUUCACUGUCAGGGUGCACGCAUGGAACGAGGUGAGCCGUGGCGCAGCAUGCCUGAAUGUCACGGUGCAGCAGCGCGUGCGGGGCCUGGGUGUCAAUGCCAGCCGCACGGUGGUGCCCCUCAAUGCCAGCGUGAGCUUCAGCACGUCCCUGGAGGCCGGCAGCAACGUGCGCUACUCCUGGGUGCUCUGCGACCGCUGUACGCCCAUCCCUGGGGGCCCCACCAUCUCCUACACCUUUCGCUCGGUGGGCACCUUCAACAUCAUCGUCACGGCCGAGAACGAGGUGGGCUCCGCCCAGGACAGCAUCUUUAUCUAUGUCCUGCGGCACAUCGAGGGGCUGCAGGUGGCGGGGGGCGGUGGCGGCUGCUGCUUUCCCACCAACCGCACGCUGCAGCUGCAGGCCGCAGUCAGAGACGGCACCAACAUCUCCUACAGCUGGGCUGCCCAGCAGGAUGGCGGCCCAGUCCUGGCUGGCAGCGGCAAGACCUUCUCGCUCACCGUGCUCGAGGCCGGUACCUACCACAUCCAGCUGCGGGCCACCAACAUGCUGGGCAGCGCCUCGGCCAACCGCACCGUGGACUUUGUGGAGCCCGUUGGCGGCUUGGCUGCAGCCGCCUCCCCAAACCCCGCCGCGGUCAAUGUCAGUGUCACCUUCUGUGCUGAGCUGUCCGGGGGCAGUGGCGUCAUCUACACUUGGUUCCUGGAGGGAGGAAUGAGCUGGGAGACCCCGGAGCCAUCUACCACCCACGCCUUCCCCAGCCCCGGUCUGUACCUGGUCAUGGUCACGGCUGAGAACCAGCUGGGCUUGGCCAAUGCCACCCUCGAGGUGGCCGUGCAGGUGCCCGUCAGGGGCCUCAGCAUCAAGGCCGGCGAGCCAGACCGCAGCUUUGUGGCAGCCGGCUCCUCUGUGCCCUUCUGGGGACAACUGGACUCCGGAACCAACGUGAGCUGGUGCUGGACAGUUCCGGGUGGCAGCAGGCUCGGUCAGCAUGUCGUUGUGGUCUUCCGCGACGCCGGCACCUCCUCCGUUCAGCUUAAUGCUUCCAACGCGGUCAGCUGGGUCGUGGCCACCCAUGAGCUCACGGUGGAGGAGCCCGUCGUGGGCCUGGUGCUGUGGGCCAGCAGCAAGGUGGCGGAGCCCGGGCAGCGGGUGCACUUCCAGGCCGUGCUGGCUGCCGGCUCAGCCGUGCGAUUCCUUGUGCAGGUCAGCGGGGCAGGACCAGAGGUGCUGCCCGGGCCCCACUUCUCCCGCAGCUUCCCCCGGGCUGGGGACCACGUGGUGAGCGUGCAGGCAGAGAACCACGUGAGCCGGGCCCAGGCUCAGGUGCGCGUCUUGGUGCUGGAGGCCGUGGGGGGGCUGCAGGUGCCUGGCUGCUGUGAACCGGGCAUCCCCACGGGCACGGAGAGGAACUUUACUGCCCGCGUGCAGCGGGGGUCCCGCGUGGCCUACGCGUGGUACUUCUCCUUGCAAAAGGUCCAGGGGGACUCGCUGGUCAUCCUGUCGGGCCGAGAUGUCACCUACACCCCGGUGGCUGCGGGGCUGCUGGAGAUCCACGUGCGCGCCUUCAACGAGCUGGGCGGGGUGAACCUGACUCUCACCACGGAGGUCCAGGACCCCAUCCAGCAGGUGGCGCUGCGCAGUGGCCGCUGCUUUACCAACCGCUCUGCCCGGUUUGAGGCCGCCACGAGCCCCAGUGCCCGGCGCGUGGCCUAUCGCUGGGACUUUGGGGAUGGGGCCCUGGUGGAGGACACGGAGGAGCCCUGGGCCGAGCACUCCUAUCUGCGGCCCGGGGACUACCGCGUGGAGGUGAAUGCCUCCAACCUGGUGAGCUUCUUUGUGGCGCAGGCCACGGUCACCGUCCACGUGCUGGCUUGCAGGGAGCCCGAGGUGGAGGUGGCCCUGCCCCCGCAGGUGCUGAUGCGGCGCUCCCAGCGCAACUACCUGGAGGCCCACGUCAACCUGCGCGACUGUGUCACCUACCAGACUGAGUACCGCUGGCAGGUAUACCGGGCCCCCAGCUGCCAGCGGCCUGCGCGCAUGGCCCCCAUGGCCCUGCCCAGUGUAGAUGUGAGCCGGCCCCAGCUGGUGGUGCCACGGCUGGCCCUGCCUGUGGGCCACUACUGCUUCGUCUUCAUGGUGUCGUUCGGGGACACACCGCUGGCGCGGAGCAUCCAAGCCAACGUGACGGUGGUGCCCGAGCGCCUGGUGCCCAUUGUUGAGGGCGGGUCGUACCGCGUGUGGUCAGACACUCAGGACCUGGUGCUGGACGGCAGCAAAUCCUAUGAUCCCAACCUGGAAGACGGCGACCAAACACCGCUCAGCUUCCACUGGGCCUGUGUGGCCUCGACCCAGAGUGAAUCUGGUGGGUGUGCCCUGACCUUUGGGCCCCGGGGGAGCAGCGUGGUCACCGUCCCUCGGGAGCGCCUGCAGGCCGGCGUGGAGUACACCUUCAACCUGACCGUGUGGAAGGCGGGGCGGAAGGAGGAGGCUACCAACCAGACGGUGUUGAUUCGCAGGGGCCGGGUGCCCAUCGUGUCUUUGGAGUGUGUGUCCUGCAAGGCGCAGGCGGUAUACGCAGUGAGCCGCAGCUCCUACGUGUAUCUGGAGGGCCGGUGUGACAACUGCAGCGCGGGCUCCAAGCGAGGGCGCUGGGAGGCUCGCACAUUUAGCAACCAGACGCUAGUGCUGGACGAGACGACCACGUCGACCGGCAGCUCGGGCAUGCGGCUGGUGGUGCGGCGCGGCGUGCUGCGGGACGGCGAGGGCUACACGUUCACCCUCACGGUGCUGGGCCGCUCGGGUGAGGAGGAGGGGGCGCCCUCCAUCCGCCUCGCUGCCAACCGGCCCCCACGCGGGGGCUCCUGCCGCCUCUUCCCGCUGGACGCCGUGCGCGCCCUCACCACCAAGGUCAACUUCGAGUGCACAGGCUGGCAGGACGCGGAAGAUGGGAGCGCGCCCCUGGUGUAUGCCCUGCUGACUGCGGCGCUGUUGCUCUAGGGCCACUGCGAGGAGUUCUGCAUCUACAGGGGCAGCCUCCCCCACCUAGUGGUGCGGUGCUGCCGCCCGUGGGUUCGCACCCACUUCCAGGUGGGCUUGGCCGUGGUGGUGCAGGAUCAGCUGGGCGCGGCUGUGGUCGCUCUCAACGGUGAGCCUGGACGGAGAGCCGGGAGGUCUCUGGCCAUCACCCUGCCAGAGCCUCCUGGCGACUCCCAGGAGGCCCCGGCAAACCUCAUGACCUGGCUGCAUGGUCUCACGGAGAGCAUGCUGCCCCGGCUGCUGAGACAGGCUGACCCCCAGCAUGUCAUCGAGUACUCGCUGGCCCUCAUCACCGUGCUCAACCAGUCUGAGCACAGCCUGGCCGCGGCAGCAGAGCUGGACACCCGGCGGCAGCUGCAAGCCCAGAUACGCAAGAAUGUCACAGAGACCUUGGUCUCGCUGCGGGUCAACACUGUGGAUGACAUCCAGCAGAUCGCGGCAGCGCUGGCCCAGUGCACGGUGUCCAGUGGGGAGCCGGUGUGUGGCUCCUGCCUGAAGCAGACACUGCACAAGCUCGAGGGCAUGAUGCGAAUCCUGCAGGCCGAGACAGCCGCAGGCACCGGGACGCCCACGGGCAUCGCUGACAGCAUCCUCAACAUCACAGGCGACCUCAUUCACCUGGCCAGUGCGGAUGUGAGGGGCCCUCGGCCGCCGGAGCUGGGCAUGGAGCUGCCGGCGCACAUGGUGGCGUCCAGGGCCUAUCACCUGUCGUCGGCCCUCAUGUGUUAUCGUCAUGCGCUCCCGGCGUCCUCGACGAGGAGCCUCUGACGCUGGGUGGGUGAGGAGAUCACGGCCCGCGGCAAGCGCUCAGACCCACGGAGCCUCCUGUGCCAGGGCGACGCCCUCGCUCCCGGCUGCCCCUUCUCCAUCCCCACGGCCUUCAGCGGAGCCCUGUCCAAACCUCAGCGACGUGGUGCAGGCUCAUGUUCCUGGUUGACCUCCAACCCCUUCCCCUUCGGCUACAUCAGCAACUACACCGUUUCCACCAAGGUGGCCUCCAUGGCCUUCCAGACGCAGGCCGGGGCCCACAUCCCCAUUGGGCAGCUGGCCUCGGAGCGCGCCAUCACUGUGAAGGUGCCCAGCAGCUCAGACCGGGGCCGCUCAGGCGCCCCCGCGCCUGCCGGCUCCACGGUCGUCCCGCCCCGGGCCUCAGUCGGCGUCGUGGUCACACCCGAGGAAAGCAACCCGCCGCUGGGCCUGCACUUGCAGCUCACCUACACGCUGCUCAGUGGUCACUACUUGCCCGAGGAGCCUGAGCCCUACCUGGCCGUGUACUUGCACUCAGCAUCCUGGCCCAAUGAGCACAACUGCUCGCCAGCCGGAAGGAUCCGCCUGGAGCAGCUGGCAGGCGACGACCACAGGCCCUAUACCUUCUUCAUCGCCCCGGGUGAGCACACCCAGGCGGGGACUUAUCACCUGAACCUGACCAGCCACUUCCACUGGUCGCCACUGGAAGUGACUGUGGGCCUCUACACAUCCCUGUGCCAGUACUUCAGCGAGAAGGAGAUGAUGUGGAGGACGGAGGGGCUCGUGCCCUUGGAGGAGACUUCACCCAGCCAGGCUGUCUGCCUUACCCGCCACCUCACUGCCUUCGGGGCCAGCCUCUUCGUGCCCCCCAGCCGUGUCCACUUCGUCUUCCCGGAACCGGCCUCAGGCACGAACUAUGUCGUUUUGCUGACGUGUGUUCCCGUGUGCCUGGUGACUUAUGCAGUCAUGGCUGUAGUCCUGCGGAAACUGGACCAGCUGGACAUCCGCCGGGUCCGCGUCAUCCCUUUCUGUGGGAAGGGGGGCCGCUUCAAGUACGAGAUCCUGGUCAAGACUGGCUGGGGCCGAGGCUCAGGCACCACGGCACACGUGGGCAUCAUGCUGUAUGGGGCAGAGGGCCGCAGCGGCCACCGGCACCUAGAUGGGGACAGAGCCUUCCGCCGCAACAGCCUGGACGUGUUCCAGAUUGCCACCCCACACAGCCUCGGCCGUGUGUGCAAGAUUCGCGUGUGGCACGACAACAAAGGGCUCAGCCCCGCCUGGUUCCUGCAGCACGUCAUCGUCAGGGACCUGCAGACUGCGCGCAGCACCUUCUUCCUGGUCAACGAGUGGCUGUCGGUGGAGACUGAGGCCAAUGGCGGCCUCGUGGAGAAGGAGGUGCCAGCGGCAAGUGAGGCAGCCCUGCGGCGGUCCCGGCGCCUGCUGGUGGCCGAGCUGCAGCGCGGCUUCUUUGACAAGCACAUCUGGCUGUCCAUCUGGGACCGGCCACCACGCAGCCGCUUCACACGCGUCCAGCGGGCCACCUGCUGUGUCCUCCUCGUCUGCCUCUUCCUGGGUGCCAAUGCUGUGUGGUACGGGGUCGUGGGAGACGCUGCCCACAGCACCGGGCCCGUGUCCACUCGGAUCCCGUUGAGCGCUGACACAGUGGCCGUGGGUCUGGUGUCCAGUGUGGUCGUCUACCCUGUCUACUUGGUCAUCCUCUUCCUCUUCCGGAUGUCCCGGAGCAAGGUGGCCAGGGGCGAGAGUCCCACCCCCGCAGGGCAGCCGGUCCUGGACAUCGACAGCUACCUGGACCCGUCCGUGCUGGACAGCUCCUUGCUCAGCUUCCCGGGGCUGCGUGUGGAGGCCUUUGCGGGACAAAUGAAAAGUGACUUCUCGGAUGACUCUAAAAGCCUGACGUGCUGGCCAUCCAGCGAGGACACGUUGCAUUGGCCAGACUUGCUGAGUGACCCCUCCAUUGUGGGCAGCACCCUGCAGCGGCUGGCCCGGGGCCACGUUGGCCGCAUGCUGGGCUCAGAGGAGGACGGUCUGUCCCUGGUCAGCCCCUCCUCACCUGCCAAGUACUUCUCAGCCUCAGACGAGGACCUGAUUCGGCAGAUCCUCGCUGAAGGGGCCAGCAGCCUGGCCCCCACCCAGGACACUCAGGUUGAAAGGGAUCUGCUCGCUGGCCUGUCUGGCACCCCCAGGGAGAGGACAGAGCCGCUGGUGCUGCACAGGCUGGGAGAGAGGGGGCUACCCAGCCCAGGUUUGACUUGGGAGCAGCCCCAGUCGACAAAGCUCUCCCACACAGGGCUGGCGGACGGUCUGCGGAGGCGGCUGCUGCCAGCCUGGUGUGCACCCCUGGCCCACGGGCUCAGCCUGCUCUUGGUGGCUGUGGCCGUGGGGGUUGCGGGCUGGGUGGGUGCCAGCUUCACCCCCGGUGUGGGUGUGCUGUGGCUCCUGUCCAGCAGCUCUAGCUUCCUGGCCUCCUUCCUUGGCUGGGAGCCUAUCAAGGUCCUUCUGGAAGCCCUGUACUUCUCGCUGGUGGUCAAGCGGCUCCAUCCGGAUGAGGGGGACACCCUGGUGGAGUGCCCCGCGGUCACUCCCGUGAGCGAGCGUGUGCCCCGUGUGAGGCCCCCCCAUGGCUUUGCGCUCUUCCUGGCGAAAGAGGAAGCCCGGAAGGUCAAGAAGCUGCACGGGAUGCUGAGGAGCCUCCUGGUGUAUAUGCUCUUCCUGCUGGUGACUCUGCUGGCCAACCACGGGGAUGCUUCAUGCCACAGCCACGCGUACCGUUUGCAGAGUGCCAUCAAACAGGAGCUGGGCAGCCGGACCUUCCUGGCUAUCACCCGGUCUGAGGAAUUCUGGCCGUGGAUGUCACAUGUGCUGCUCCCCUAUGUCCACGGGAACCAGUCCAGCCCCGAGCUGGGGCCCCCGCGACUGCGGCAGGUGCGGCUGCACGAAGCACUCUGCCCGGACCCUCCCGGCUCGGGGGUGCCCACGUGCUUCGCAGCCUCUGGCUCCUUCAGCACAGGCGACUAUGGGGUUGGCUGGGGCAGCACUGCCCACAACGGCUCGGAGACGUGGGCCUACUCUGCGCCAGACCUGCUGGGGGUCUGGUCCUGGGGCUACUGUGCCAUGUACGACAGUGGGGGAUACGUGCAGGAGCUGGGGCUGAGCCUGGAAGAGAGCCGCGCGCAGCUGGGCUUCCUGCAGCUGCACAACUGGAUCGACAACAGGAGCCGCGCCGUGUUCGUGGAGCUCACGCGCUACAGCCCGGCCGUGGGGCUGCACGCCGCCGUCACGCUGCGCCUUGAGUUCCCUGCGGCCGGGCACGCGGUGACCGCCCUCAGCGUCCGGCCCUUCCCGCUGCAGCGCUUGAGCGCCGGCCUCUCCCUGCCGCUGCUCACCUCGGUGAGCCUGCUGCUGUUCGCGCUGUACUUCUCCGUGGCCGAGGCUCGCCUGUGGCGCCGGUUAGGACGUGCCCGCGCGGUGCAGCCCGGGGCCUGGGCGCGGUGGCUGCUGGUGGCCCUGACGGCCGCCGCAGCGCUCGUGCGCCUGGCACAGCUGGGUGCCGCUGACCGCCAGUGGACCCCGCUUUUGCGUCGCCGCCCGCGCCGCUUCACCAGCUUUGAGCAGGUGGCGCAGCUGAGCACCGCGGCUCGUGGUCUGGCCGCCUCGCUGCUCUUCCUGCUCCUGGUCAAGGCCGCGCAGCAGCUGCGCUUCGUGCCGCCGUGGUCGGUUUUUCGGCAAGACGCUGUGCCGCGCCCUGCCGAGCUCGCGGGCGCAGCCUUGGGCCUGGUGGCGCUCGCGGCGGCCUACACCCAGCUGGCCGUUCUGCUGGUCUCCUCCUGCGUGGAUUCCAUUCGCAGCGCAGCAGGGGCCCUCCUGGUGCUGUGCCCUGGUCUGGGGGCUGCCCUGUGCCCUACUGAAUCCUGGCGCCUCUCCCCGCUGCUGUGCACGGGGCUCUGGGCCCUGCGGCUGUGGGGGGCCCUGAGGCUGGGGACGGUUCUUCUGAGGUGGCGGUACCAGGCUCUGCGUGGGGAGCUCUACCGGCCGGCCUGGGAGCCACAGGACUACGAGAUGGUGGAGCUCUUCCUGCGCAGGCUGCGCCUCUGGAUGGGCUUCAGCAAGGUUAAGGAGUUCCGCCACAAAGUCCGCUUCGAGGGGAUGGAGCCGCUGCCUUCCCGCUCCUCCAGGGGCUCCAAGGCUUCCCCGGAUGCGCCACCCCACAGUGGGGGCUCUGACACCUCCCGGCCCUCCACGUCCUCCAGCCAACUAGACGCGCUGAGCGGGGGCCUGGGCCGGCUGGGGCCACGGGGCGAGCCCGAGCCCUCACGCCUCCAGGCCGUCUUCGAGGCUCUCCUUACCCAGUUCGACCGACUCAACCAGGCCACAGAGGAUGUCUACCAGCUGGAGCAGAGACUACAGCAUCUGCGGGGCCGCGGGAGCACCGGGCGCCCAAGCCUCAUCCUUUGUGCUGUGUCACCUCAGACCCGGCCGGCCCUGCCCAGCCGUCUGGCCCGGGCCAGUCGAGGCAUGGGCCUGGCCACUGGCCCCGGGAGGGCUUCCCUGUGGGCCAAGAACAAGGUCCACCCCAGCAGCACUUAACCCUGGGGCCCUGGGCUCAUACCUGUGCCCUGGCUGGGGCGGGCCUGUGGCUUCACUCCGGCUUCUGGAAGGGAGCCGGAGCAGACACCGCUCAGUAUUAACUUCUGCC